AAUAAUCACUAACCUGAGACCGACGUCGGAGGAGGUAACAGUGAAAUUUGAGAAACAUCAAAUCAAACAUCGACACAUGACCUGAGACGGGGGAAUCGGCAGCGGUGGGCUGGUCUGGUCUCUCCGUCGUGUCUCCGCCUGCUGCGACCGAACAAUAGGCCGUUGAUCGGCACCGAUGGCGGAAGAGGACGAGGUCCUGAUAGAAGUGGAGGCCGUACUGUCCGUUUACGGCGACGAUUGCCUCGUAAUCGACAAAUUCCCUCCCCACCUUCAAGUACACGUCAAGCCUCGCACGGCCGACGUCUCCUCCCAGCAGUUCGUGGAAGCUGUUAUCGGCAUAAGAGCAGGUCCCCAGUAUCCAGAUGAACCGCCUCACGUUGAUCUUAUAGAAUGCAAGGGUCUUGACAAACAGAGACAGAAGCAUCUUCUAGUCAGCAUAGGAGAUAGUGCUCAGCAGCUCUCCUCAUGUUUAAUGCUGGUGGCACUCUGUGAGGAAGCCGUGGAGAUGCUGUCUGUCAUGAAUCACCCGGAUGGAGAUUGUCCAUUGUGCUUGUAUCCCUUGGUUCCUGAAGAGGAGGAGGAGAAGACUCUGCCGUUUAUGAAGCUGAUGUCUUGUUUUCAUUGUUUCCACAGUGAGUGCAUUAUUAGGUGGUGGAAUUGGCUUCAGAAAGAAGAAGAUCAUGAUGGUAACGCCGAUGGCCCAAAAGAGCCAGAACAGAGUAAAGGGAAUUGUCCAGUUUGCCGUAAAACCUUUCAAGCGAAGGAUUUAGAGCACGUUGUUGAUUUGGUUGGCUCUCAUUCCUCGAAAUUGAGUUGCGAGGAAAAUGAAGUUGGUAAGGACGACAAGCUUCUCUACUCUGAUUCAGAGAAUAUUAGAAGGCAGAAAUUUGAGGCCAUAUUGAAGAGGCAGGAAGAGAUAAACGGGUUGCUUGAACCUCGAAAAGAUUUAGUUGUCCAACCUGGUAUGUUUCUAACCCCGUCGGUAACUUCGUCUGCUUCUUCGUCGAUCACUGAGACUACUGAACAAGAACCCUCGCGAACAAAUUCGAGUAGUUUUGGUAAACAUCAAAGGGAUGGGGCAGUUGCUUCAGAUGCCAACUCCACUGGUCCCUCAAACGCUCGUGGUAGUGGCGAGCAUCGGAACCAUGGUAUGAGGAAGAAUAAGGUUCGAAAUGUGAGAAGACAAGACAGGCAUUGGGUAAAGAAGGACGAAGGCACUGCGAGAUGACAGUUUUGUGAAAGUACUAUUGGUUUUUUUAUGAAAGUUGGUGAGUAUAGAUAGCAUCAUCAUCCUCGCCUAGAGGGAAGGACCUGAAAUUCUUUAAUCGUGGUCCGAGUUUUGUCUUAGUUGUCGAAACACAGUAAGAAACAGGUUUGCGAUGCCAAACUGCUUUUGCAAUACAUAAACCAUGCACCUUAAAGUUCUUGAUCUGCUUUCUUGGGUCGAACGCAAGUGUAAGUAUAAGAGGAAACCUUUUGCCACCA